UCUGGCCAGGCAGUUUCGCCACAGCCGCAGAACAUGAUGGAGGUGGAAAGUGCCAACGCUCUGGUGGAGCUCAAGAAACAGCCCAGGACCCGUUGGACGGCACUGCUGGUGUGGAGCACUGUGGGCAGCACCAUUGGAUCAGCCCUCCCCUGCGGCUACUGCAUGGGCGUCAUCAACACUCCGGCUGCGCACAUGCGGUCCUGGUGCCAGGCCAUGCUCCUUGAGAACUAUGGCCUGGAGAUCUCCCCUACAACUUUGGAUACGCUGUGGGCCCUCAUUGUGGCCAUCUAUCUGAUUGGCGGGGUCCUUGGCGCCGCCUGCGCUGGCUGGGCGGCCAAUCGCUUCGGACGCCGCGGCUGCUUCAUGUUGAGUGGAUCGCUGCUGCUCGUGGCGGCCCUGAUGUUCCUCAGCUGUCGCUGGCUGCGGUCCGUGGAGCUGCUGCUGCUGGGUCGCCUGGUGGUCGGCCUGGGCGGCGGUCUAGUCAGCACGUGUCUGCCCAUGUACCACAGCGAGAUUGCGGCGCUGUCGCAGCGGGGCACGCUGGGAGUCUGCUGCUCCGUGGGCUUCUCCAUUGGCAUGGUGGUGUCGCAGCUCUGUACGCUGCAGUCGCUGUUCGGCGGCGAGGAGCUCUGGCACAUUGCCCUCAGCUUCUACGUGGUCUUCAUGGCGUUGUGCUACGCUCCGUUCCGCCUGUACGCGGAGAGUCCCAAGUGGCUGUACAUCGUGAGGGCGCGGCGUGAGGAGGCAAUCCAGAUGCUCAUCCGGCUGCGCGGCUCUGAUCUCGGCAUAGAGCAGGAGAUACGCGCCAUGGACGACGAGGCCUCCGACAAGGGCACAACCCGCAGUCUGGUCGAGGUUCUGGGCGACCCAAGGAUGCUGCUGCCCCUCGUCCUUCUAUGCGCGUAUCAGGGCGGCCAGCAGCUGUCCGGAUGCUCAGCGAUCUUCUACUACUCCGUGUCCAUUUUCCGCAAUGGCGGGCUCUCGGCGAGCGCCGCCGAGUGGAUGAAUCUGGCCGCUGGCAACGCCAACCUGGCCACCUCGCUGAUGGGUCCUUUUCUGAUGGCCAAGUUCAACAGACGCACCCUGAUGCUGCUGUCCACUGCGUUUUGCGGCCUCCUCAUGUUCUCCUUUGGCUUGAUGGUGCACUACACUGCCCAGAUACCCUGGUUCUCGUACGGCACAAUGGCUUGCAUUUUCCUCUAUCUGAUCGCCUUCCAACUCGCCCUGGCCCCCAUGCCCUCGUUCAUUGGUGCAGAGAUGUUCGAGGUGCCUUCCCGCUCGGUGGCCCUGUCCAUUGGCAACCAGGUGGGCUGGGGAUGCAAUUUCCUCGUUGGCUUUCUCUUUCCCGCCAUGCAUGCACUCCUCGGAUCCAAUGUCUUUCUGGUGUUCGGCACGUGCAGCUUCCUGGUCUUUCUGCUGACCAAAUUCUACCUGCCCGAGACGCGUGGACGGGAGGUAUCCAAGGUGGCGGAGUUGGUGUCCAGAGGCUUUAGAAGUAAAGUUCUACAAUAAAGUCCAUAAAGUCCAUCUA